AUGGCAGCCGGCCGGCCGGAGGAACAGGACCACCCGCCCGAGAACGGCUUCACCCCGCUGGAGCACCCAGUGCCCCGGCUGCUUCCGCACAUCGACGGCUCGGUUCUGCCGUCUCUGGGGGGCUUUGGGAAAUAUCAGAAGCAGCUCGUGGUCCUGACCUGGAUACCGGCAUUGUUCAUCGGCUUUAGCCAGUUUUCGGAUUAUUUCCUCUUGGCUCAGCCUAAUGGCACGUGCGUGCAACCUCUCUCAAACGAGAGUAACUGGACCACGAACAGCCCGCCGGUCAACGUCCCCGGUGGCGCGCCCGCGCUGCAACCUAAAGGCAACGGCACCAUCAGGGAGGGACACGGCGACGACAGUGGCGGUAUGCUGUGCGCCUGCAAGGAGUGGAGGCUGGAGCUGCAGACGGGACUUAGCCAGAAUGUUGUUACCAAGUGGAACCUGGUGUGUGACUCAGCCUGGAAGGUGCACAUUGCCAAGUUCUCUUUGCUGGUGGGCUCCAUAUUUGGCUACCUAGUGAUGGGUGUCAUGGCUGACUGGUUUGGUCGACACCCGGUGUUGAUUCUCUCGGUGCUUUUCAUGCUGGUGUUUGGUCUGAGUGUUGCCUUCUCUGUAAACGUCACCAUGUUCAGCACCUUGCGCUUCUUUGAGGGUUUCUGCUUGGCUGGCCUCGCUCUCUCCCUCUACGUGCUCAGGAUUGAGCUUUGUUUGCCAGCCUGGCGCUUCUCCAUGACCAUGGUGGCCAGUUUUCUGAUGGUGGGCGGGCAGCUACUGAUGCCAGGGGUGGCCGCUCUUUGCCGCAAUUGGCCGGACCGGGAUGACUGGCAGGUCCUGCAGAUUGUCAUUAUCAGCCCUUUCGUUCUGAUGCUGCCCUACGUCUGGCUUUUCCCCGAGUCGUUGCGCUGGUUGCUGGCCACCCAGCACUACAGGCGGUCCAAAGCCAUGAUGCUGCGCAUCGCAAGGAAGAACCAGGUUAACACGACCAGCGAGCCGAGUGGAGUGCUUACAGAGCUGGAGCAGGAGCUGCACAACAAACCCCAGAGGACCUGCAUUGUCAAGAUGAUGAGCACCAGGAACCUGUGGAAAAACAUUGUGGUGCUGUGUGUCAACUCGCUGACAGGUUAUGGGAUCCACCACUGCUUCGCCCGCAGUAUGAUGGACCCGGAGGCCCAGCCCACUGCUUUGUGCCACGCGGACUAUUACACUAUGGCUGGCAUUGCUGUGGCAACUUGCCUGGCGCUCUGCCCCGCGGUGGGGUUGAUGGGUCGGCGAGGAGGGCUGCUCACCUUCAUGAUCAUAACGGCCCUGGCAUCGCUACUGCAGCUGGGGUUACUCAACUUGAUUGGGAAGUACAGCCUUCGCCAUGACAUAGUUCUGCGAGACACUCUGAACAGGAAAUUCUCGAUGGCCUUCUCCAUCAUCGGCAUGUUCUCCUCCCACGCAGUCAGCACACUCAGCAUUUUCUUUUGUGCUGAAAUCACUCCUACUGUCAUCAGGGGUGGAGGGCUGGGCCUGGUUCUGGCCAGCGCCGGCUUCGGCAUGCUCACAGCACCCAUCAUGGAGCUCCACAACCAGAAGGGCUACUUCCUGCAUCACGUGAUCUUCGCGUGCUGCACCCUGUUGUGCAUCAUCUGCCUGCUGCUGCUGCCCGAGCCGCGGGGCCAGCCGCUGCCGGAGAGCCUGGCUGACGGUGAGACCUUCACCCGUCAGACGCUGCUCCAUCCAGGAGAGCAGCACCUCCUUCUCGCCAAGACUGACGGGGACUACUCCCGCGUCCACGACACACCGCUACACCUCACAACCACUGGGGGCGCGACAGUGGCAGCAGCAACCGCUCUGGCAGCGGUGCCUGCCUCCUACGCACUGGCCACCGGUGGGGAGGUGAUUGGAAAUCCUGCCAUAGCCAAUGGGGUGUGAACAUCAUGGCAUCAUAGCAAUAGUCUACUACCGUGCUAAUUAUUGCUCAAGAAUUUUAACCUGAACAGAAAAAUGUUAAGGGGAAGAAAAAAAAAAAAAAGAAUCUUUCGGAUGAACCAGAAUUAAUUUCACGCUUAGGUUUGGGAUGGUGACGAUAAUUCAUUUGUGUAGUUUGUAGUGAGUAUGAUUCCUUCAGGAGUUGCCAAAAAUAUUGUACUUGACCGGGUUUAUCUAAAGUCAGCGUGUGCUAAAUAAUAUGAAAGUCUUCAGUGGUGUUGGUGAUUUUCUUGCACUGCCUUCCAGUCUGUCGAGAAUGAUUUAUGAGUGAAAGACGCAGGCAAGUGAGGAAGGAGAGUAGAGCAGAUUUGCUUUGAAAACGUGUGCUCUGUGAGUUUUUUGGUUUGUAGUUUUGACUCGUUGGAGACAGGAUGCCACUGCAUCUUAUAAGUUAUUUUGCACUAAAUGUCAGAGACACAAUCAAAGUGUUUGUGAUUUUAAGCCAACACGGAGUUCCAUGGAUUGGCUAAACCACUCUUUUUUGCAUGAAAGGGCACAAAUACUUUUACAUGUAUUUUCUUCCUUUUUGUGGUCCCUCUGCUAGAAGUCCAAUGUGGCACUUUAUCCUCAGAGAUGAGGUUAGUGUAGACACAGAUUU